UUCCCGACAUCCUCCCUCCCCCUAAAUAAAUGACAGCAUCGCCCUCUCAAAGUGUCAGUCUUCUGCUGAACUUUCCUCUGUCCCAGUUGUUGGAUCUGAGACUCAUUCAUCAUGGCAAGCAAGAUGGUGAUUCAACAACCCAAGCCACUAGUGGUGUCUGCAGCAUCAGACCAGUGGACCACCAGCAUAUGUGAAUGCGACAACGUCAAUGAAUGUUGCUUCUCUGUGUGGUGUUUCCCUUGCUUCGCCUGCAUCACAGCCAGAGAUCAUGGAGAGUGUCUGUGUCUCCCUCUACUGGACAGCUGCGGGUGUAUUCCUCCUGUUACUCUCUCCAUGAGGGUGUCCACACGACGACGAUACGGCAUCACGGACUCUAUCUGUAAUGACUGUGUGUACUCUUUCUUCUGCGGACCGUGCUCAUGGUGCCAGAUCAGACGCGAGAUGAAGGCAAGACUAUCACCUAUCACUCUGUUCAACAACAGGCCAACCUGAAGAACACCAUCAUCUUCCUCACCUCUAUUAUCACUUUCACACAUUCUCUAAAGCGCUCUGUCCUAAUCGGAUCAUAGUCAUGUCAGUCCAAAACACAAAGACUUGCUGUUCUGCGGUUGUAAUCAGAGUUUUUGAUCUUCCUCCCACACACACACUGACCUGAGAUCAGCCCUUUGGCAUUGCAUUGUAGCGGAGUGUGUUUAAGAUGUUGUUGGUGUACAGCUUUAAUCCAGGAAGUGGAGAAUUCUGAACAAUGGAUUCCCUUAAGGAAAAUGCCGAUUUGGGAUUCUUACAGCAUGUUUAGUGUCACAAUUUUUAUUACAGAUUGUUGUAAUUAUUAAAGAAAUGGCAUUUUCUUUUCUUUUUAUCUCACACUCUAUAUCUUUCUGAAAAUAUCUGUUUAAUAUUAGAUUUUCACUGUAGUUGGAAAGUUGUUAUAUUGAGCCAUUGAUAUGUGACACUGGAGGUUUGAUAUUAGGAAAAUAUGUUUUAGU